AUGGCCGCCGAAAAGUCGCGUUCUCUUGCUGGCGCAGAGAAUGAGCUAGCCACAAGUGCGAAUCCCACAAUCGCGAUUCAUCAUGUCAAGUUGUCUCCUUUGGUGACGGUAAUGGGCCUGCCGAACAAGCCUCAAAAUCGUAAGAAGCCGGGCUCUUCCAACUCUCUGUGUGACUCUUGGGGAUCACCAUAUUCGUCCAGCUCUUCGUUGAGUUACAUCCCGACCGGCGUUGACCCGUUCCAGCCGGCCAUGGACCGGUUCUGUCCUGAUCGUCUCUGUCUGCACCACCACUGCAGCCCGGGCUCGGAGUUCGGGGCCACCGGUCUGCUCGACUGGCCGCCGACUCGGGGUCAGGGCUUGGCUCAUCUGCACAAAACACACUCCAGUAUGGCCAAUCUGCUCCACCUUCUGCAUCCACACUCCGGAGGCCCUGGCAACGGCCUCAGAACUCCGUCUUUGUCGCCACAAGGCUCUCAGGGCAGUGUUGAGGGCGGUCAAGUCGUGACGAGACCUGGAGUCAAUUUGGCCCGAGGAAACCCGAAAACUCGUCAGACAACCCACAACUUCGCCAGUCUGCAUCAUCAGGAGACUGUGAUGGCGCCUCGUUGCGACGGUGCCCACGUUGAGCCGGCCAGUGCUGUACGUGGUCCUCCCGGCUUGGGCGGUCUGGCCGUCUGUCGAAGCAUCGUUGGGCAUGAAUUUGUCUCGGCAACCAGAACUCGUUACUAUGGCCGUUGUGAAGCGUGUCGUCGUGGGGUGCAUCGGCAGCAGUACCUCUACUGUCGCCACUGUCCGGCUGUGUGUCAUGCUCGUGACGACUGUCUCAAUGGAUUGACCAGAAAGUGUCCCUCUCUCGAGCUUAGCGUCGAGGGCUGGGGCGAAGGUAAAUAUCCUAUCGUCAGUCUACGUCUCCAGUCGUAUCUACACCUCGAGUCAGUCUUUCUGUCUGCUAUCACCAGCCUUCAGGCUAAUCGCUGCUUCGAGUGUCAGCGUGUACUUAAUCCGUCCAUCGGAUUCACCGUACGACAGCCAACAAACUCCGCGCCUGGAGGACCCGGUUCAGCAAAUGUGCAGAAGCCGGCCUGGCAGGCUUGGCUUGGUAAAGGGAUAGUGGGACGAGCGGACAGUCUUCGGGCCGGUGGUCUGACUGACCAGAGCGGUGGUCGUGGCAGCGACGGCAAUGGCAUCGUUGGGCGUAGGAAGCUGAGCUUGAUCAAGACGGACAAUCGCAAAAACUCCACGACAAGCGGCAAAGCACUUACCUUCAACAUUGAUGGCUACCCUGCAGGAGAUGACCGUCAUGGCGAGACUGGGGAGUCAGAAGAAAAGUGGCUGAAGAGGGAGAGUGUGUACGAUGAAGAUGAUGACUACGAUGAGGAGGUGGACGGCGACCCUCGAGAAGGUGAUGACUCGGUGGGUGUGGCUAAAGAUGAUAUUCCUACGAAGCCGAGGCCUGUGCGCAUCUGCCAUUUCACUGGCCGGCUUUACUGCUAUCGAUGCCACUGGAACGAUAAGUGGUUCAUUCCAGGUUCAAUCUUCGUCCUCAACGAUCUGAGCAUGCAACCGGUAGGUGAAGUUGAGUAUGCCAAUUGA